AGCUGCAUAUAAAUUAUUAUACUUUACACAAUGGAUUUGCUAAAAUUGAAAGCUGCUAGCAGCACCAGAGCAAAAAGGACUUCCACAAAGCACGUAAACCUAAUGACUUCAUCCUCCAGCAACGCCAACAAUUCGUGUAAUGGCAGACAAAGCUGCUGGCAACGUCAAGCCAUCCUGCUAUUCACAUUGCUGGCACUCGCGACACACAUCAGCAUGACUUCCGGUCAAAUCGAUUGGGAUGACGACGAUGAUCCAGUUUCUACAGUGGCCGUGGAAGCCGUACUGGGACGCACUGCAUCCUUGCCCUGUGACAUUGAGCCGGAGGCCAAAGAUGAUCGUGUAUAUAUGGUGCUAUGGUUUCGUGAGAGUGCUGGCAAACCUCUCUAUAGUUUCGAUGUGCGUGGACGACCCUUCGAGAAGGCUCUCUACUGGUCGGAUACAAACUCAUUUGGGCCACGUGCGUAUUUUGUUACCGGACAGCAGCCAGCCAAAUUAUCUGUGGACAAUAUACAACUGGAUGAUGAGGGCGUUUACCGCUGCCGCGUUGACUUUCAAAACUCGCCCACCCGUAAUCAUAGAAUUAAUUUAACGGUUAUUGUUCCUCCGCAUCAAAUACUCGUGUACGAUGCCUCGGGUCGAGAUGUGGCUGGCGCAGUGGGUCCAUUGCUAGAAGGCGAUAAUAUUGUGUUGACAUGUGAAGUGCGUGGCGGACGGCCGGAGCCGACAGUCACCUGGUUGAAUGGCACACGUACUCUGGAAGCUGGCAGCGGUGUCUCGAUGGGUCGUCAUGUGACUGUCAAUAGGCUGGAGGUACCACAAAUUACACGUUCCGCUCUAAAUAAUACUUAUCGCUGUCAAGCGUCCAAUACAAAACUUGUGGCACCCGUAGAGCGAAGCAUUCGCAUUGAGAUGUUACUCAAACCCACAUCGGUCAAUUUAACCAAUAAGCUGAAGGUCUUCUCAUCGAGCACACAAUAUAAUCUCACCUGCAUUGUGGCCGGUUCGGUGCCGGAUACUGAAAUCAGAUGGACACAGAAUAAUCGCCCCUUUAAACGCGGCAUGCUGUCAUCGAGCCAAGGCAAUGGACGCGUCAUAUCCACAUUGUCAUUUUAUCCACAACCUGAAGAUGAUGGCACCAUGCUCAAAUGCGAGGGUUCAAAUCCUCGAUUACAGAACUCGGCCAUCGAGGAUACGCUUAUGAUGAAUGUCAUCUAUCCGCCACAGGUCACCUUAUCGCUGGGUUCCACUUUGCGUCCUGAUGACAUAAAAGAGGGCGACGAUGUCUACUUUGAGUGUCACAUUAAAUCCAAUCCCAAGGAGCAUCGCAUUAUGUGGUCUCAUGAUGGCCAGCCAGUCACUCAGAAUGUAUCAUGGGGCAUCAUUAUAUCGACACGAUCUUUGGUCUUGCAACGUGUGGGAAGGAUUCACUCUGGCUAUUAUGCCUGCUCGGCGGCCAAUGAUCGCGGCGAGACUCAAAGUGCUCCAGUGAACCUAAGGAUACGCUAUGCGCCCGUCUGCAGCAGCUCUAGCAUCAGUGUGAUUGGUGCCUCAUUGGAGGAGGCUGUGCCCAUACCGUGUCGCGUCAAUUCUGAUCCGCCUGAAAUCGAUUUCGAAUGGACUUUCUCAAGCAGCGGCGAGCAUUUCGAGGUGCCAUCGGGACAUUAUGCCACCAUACAGGAUCCCACCAUGACCACCACCAGCGAUGUGAGGCGCACAGUUGUCGAGUCCAACGAGACACAUUUUGAGAGCUAUGUGGAAACAGUCAGCGAACUGAUCUAUACGCCCAAGGGUGAACGAGACUAUGGUACACUGGCUUGCUGGGGUCGAAAUGCCAUUGGCAAGCAGUCGGAGCCAUGUCUGUUUCAGGUGGUGCCAGCAGCUAAGCCCGGAGCAUUGCGCAAUUGUACUUUACGUCCGUAUGUGGUGACCUCCGCAUCGCUUAAUUCAUCGAAUCAGACGACAAUGCAUGGCAAUCAAAUGUUGCAAACACAAUACGGCAGACACGAGUCGAAUUACCCGCAUAUGGAAUAUGUACGUGAGCGACAUAAUAACGCCAGCAAUACUAACAACAGUAGCAACAACAACAACAACAACAACAAUAAUGCCAAAGGAAUCCAGCACAAUGUGGUCAAUAAAAAUAUGAAGGGCAGAAUAAGUAAUGUUGCUGGUCAUGUGAAAUCUAAUAAUAAUAAUAAUAAUAGUAAGCAACCGCAACAACGACAACAACAACCACUGAGCCAGCAGCAGUUGCAGCGUCUUAAAAAGCGAACAUCAUUUACCCCAUCGCAGACAUUGGCAGCUCUGGAAAGGCAGCGAAAUAAACUGAAGCAGCAGCAACAGCAACAAGCCAACAUUGGCAAAACUGAUGGAUUGCCAGCCAAAAUGCCCAAGAAAGCCAUCCAAAGUCAGGCAAAGGGCCAGGGAAAGGAACUGGGAGUAGAACAGCGGCAAAGACAUCGACGAAAUGCAGUAAGCAAGUUAGAGCUUCAGGCAUCAAUAACAAGCAACAAGAAGAUGGGAGCAAAAUCAAAUUUAUCAUUGUCACAUGUAGUAGACCAGGCCCAAAGAGUUACCACUAGCCAUCAUCAGAGGAAGAAGGGCCAUGUCAAGAGCAACAAUGGCAAACUGCCAGCAAAGUAUUUUAAUAAGCGACAGAAAAACAUGCACAAACAGCAGCAGCAACAACAUCUAAAGAAAAACAACAAAAUAAUCCAUCAUUAUGCAACAUCGGGGCGAAGAAAACGACAAACGGCAGCAAAUGAUAUACCAGCAUCAACUGCAGCAGCCGCAGCAGAAGCAACAUCCACACUAUCAUCAUCAGCAGCAGGACCAGCAGCAGCAACAUCCUCAUCGUCGUCGUUGUCGUUGUCGUCUUUGUCGUUGUCGUCUUUGUCGUUAGGUGCAACAACAAAGUCUCACAUACAAAACGAUGCCACCAGCAGUAGCAACGGCAGCAACAGGGAGGAUAUUGACAUGAUGCCUGCCACAAGACGGGCACGCAAAUCUUUAACCAGCAUUGGCAACAGCAAUAUUAGCAGUCGAGUGCAGUUGGAGCAACAAAAGGACCAGCACUCGCUACCGCCAAAUGCACCACAAAUUAGCAAUAAGCCUGCAGCAACAACAAUCAGUGGCAACAAUGUGAAAGUAGCUGCAACUGAAGAAGCCAAAACCCUUAUUCAGUCAAAUGAUCUGAAGCCCAAGCGAGACACUGAUGUAGACAGUGAUGAGAUUACCGAAGAUGGGGAUGAAGAUGAUGCUGAUGCCGACGAUGUUGACGAUGAGGAAGACGACGAAACAGAUCUUGAUGAAGAAGCUGCCGCCUCGUUGCCAUCUGAUCCAGACUAUAUGGCAGAUGAGUCCGGCGACUUGGCCGAAUACGAAACCGUUGAGGAUUUGGAUCCGCAGCAGCCGCAAACAGUUGACAUGGCAUCACUAGAGCAACAGUUAGCCUUGGAAUCACUUGAGGAUGCAGCUGAAGAUGAUGCAGACAUUGAUGUGGAUGAUGAUAUGAUAUAUAAUGUUAGCGAUGAUGAUUUUGUGGCCAGUGUUGUCAUGUCAACGGCUGAAACAGCAGCAACAACAGCAACAGCAGCAACUACCACAACAAAAACAACAGGCAACAAAAGAACAACUGAACCAGCGGAUUGGCAACAACCACAUUUUGAUUACUCUCGCAUGGAAUAUAGCUUCAAUAAUGGUGUGGUAACCCAAAGUCUUCUGGGCAGUGGCAAUGGCCCCAAUGGCCCAUCGUCCCUAAUCGAUGGCACUUCCACCAACAACAUUGGCGGUGGGACAAUAAAUUUCGAAAAUUAUGAUAACAUAAUCUACUCCACCAUGGAGCUGGAGUGUAUGCCAGGCUAUGAUGGGGGACUACAGCAGCAAUUCUAUUUGGAGGCUUACGAUUCGAAGACCAAAAAGCUAAGAUUAAAUAUGACCAGCACCUAUGUGGAUAUGCCAGUGUUUCGCAUCGAUUUGACAGAUCUCAUUCCCAUGGAUUAUUACCCAGAUGCGCAUCCAGCUCUGCAUUUAGUUGUCUACAGUGUCAAUCAGAAGGGACGCUCGGAGCCGAUUGUGCUCGAGAAUGUGCCCAUCAAUGAGGCGGACAAGCGUUCAGACGGUCGGAUGGGUCUCUCAAUUCUGCCGCUCGCUGCUCUUUUAGCUGGCACACUAUUUACCGUGGGAAUUGCCGUGCUAUCUGUGGUGGUUAUUGCCGUGCGUCGCCGCCGCGGACAAGGAGCUCGCAACAUGUGCGAUGACAAGGACAAGCACCUAGGCAUGGAUGUGACAGUGACAGCUCCACUAGAAACAGGUGCCGGCCAUCAGCGUCUCGUUGUGGCCUACACAUUGAAGCAGGGCAUUGAGAAACAGCCGGACAUACUGAGCGCACAAAAAAGCGCAACUGGCAGUGACACAUCAUCGUCGCCGCUGGGAAAUCGGCCGAGUGGUUUAUUUAUGGGAGGCAGUAGCAACGCCAGCAAUGGAGGAGGCGUUGCCGUCGGUGGGCCGACAGCCGCUCCCAGCAUGGCCAACGCUGCGAAUCAUAAAACAGUGGAUUAUGAUGUGAAUGCGCCGCACCUGAAUAGUCCGCCGUCGCAGUCAAGCACUCUCAAGCUGGAGAGCGAUAAUGCAGUGGGCGUUGCCAAAAGUUAUCAGUCCACAGCGGGAGCCGCUCCUCCACUGCUCUAUGAUCCCAUGCCCACGUAUAGCCGUUACGAGCAAAUGGGACUAAGUAUGGGCGGCUAUGGCGGGGGAGGCGGAAGCAAUAGUACGCUCAGCUCAGCCAGCAGCACUUUGAACUCUGCCAGCAAUAAUGGAGGAGUUGCCGGUGGUAGCAGCAGCAGCAGUAGUCAUUAUGCUCAGCAUUUGCAUCAUACUCUGCCCCACGGAAUGGCAGGGCAACAGCCAAUGGCUAACAGCCUUCCUCGUGGCCAUGAUCCACUCACUUUGGCCGACUAUUUGACAACCAGCAGCCUGAUCGAUUACAAUUUGAGCAAGGCGGCAGCCAGCGGUCUUCCCACGCACAUGACACUGCCCAAAGGGCUUGGAUUGAGUUCCGUAAUGGCUGGCAAUGCGAGCCUAUCGCCAUCGCAGCUCAACACCAUUACGCAUAAAUCGAAUGCCGGACGUAAUCACAUUAUCACCGAUACCCUGCCCGGACCCGAAAGUUGCGUCUAAGCAUUUCGAGUGCAAUGGAUUAUAGGAAUGGGAGUGGGGCCACUCAAAUUCCUGGCAACCAAAAAACCAAAAAAAAAAAAACAAAAGACUGGCGCACAAAAGAGAAAUCGAGAGAAAACGAAACCCAAAAUGAACUGGAGAGAAGAGCAGGGGCGGAAGGAGACAGCUGGAACUGCUGCUGCUACUACUGAAUGUAACCUAGUAACUAACCGCAAUUAGAUAAAUUGUAUGGCGGCAUUGUUUAGUAAUAAAUUUUGUAGUCUAAAUUAUAGUUAAUGUACGGAUAUAUAUACUAUACCUAUAGAUAUAUAUAUACAUAUAGAAUGUCAUGCGUGUCUGUUUGUAUCUCUGUUUGUUUGUAAAUGUUUAGCAUAAGUGUGUUUGUAGUUGUAAUUGUAUAACCUUGAGUACCAUUAGAAUUCUGGCUAAACUAAAUUUCUCCAGCAUCUGUCUUAUCUUACAAAAGCCCCGAAUCCUGAGCUAGGCAUUAUAUUUGUACUCUAUGUUCUAACUUUCAACAUCAAAUUAAGUUUACUUAGGUACAAAAUUCUUAAUUUUGAAGUAACUCUCAUUCCAGGCAGAUGCUGGAAUUAGGAGUUUGAGUUGAGUUGAGAUGCUAAAUAGUUCCCAAGAACCACUUAAGAAUUAAUGUCGUUGUUAAAUCUGUUUUUCCAUACCACAACCUCACAGCCACACCCCUCGCUAAGACAUACAUAUCCUCUCUACAUAUCCUUUUGCUGUCUAACCGAGCCUAUACAAAAAGAAAAACUAAAGAAAAACGAAAACAAGAAACCGAAACCACAACUAUUUGAACUGCUGCCCAAGAUCAAAGAGCCCCAAUUCCAAUGGCUAGCGCAUAUUACGGGGUGGGGUAACCCUCCACCCAUCCUGCUCCACACCUCCUAACCAAAAAAAAAAAAAGGAAUAGAAAAAAAAUAGACCUGAAAGGGAAAAGUUAUAUUGGACACGUCUUGCGCCAUUGCGUGCCCAGUGCUGGCCAUUAUUUAACUUUUAAACACGCGCCAAAAACAGCAGCCCGGCAGAUUUGAAUUUAAUGGGCAUGGCCGGUAGUAUGUAGUAGAAGCAUCGAACGUCGCGUUGUUCCUAUUAGAACAACUCUAGGACUCUCUCUCUUUCUCUGUUUCUGUUAGCCAACAAGUGAGCAAUAAAAACAAAAAGUUUAGAGCAAAAAAGAAUGAAGGAAAAAUAUGCGAUAGCCCCCCAUUUUACCACCCGCCUCCCCCCCCCCUAAUGCCACCCAUAAUAAGCUCACGAGCUAUUGAAUGGGUAUAAAGCACAAUAAAAGUAUGUGGCACAGAAGAACAACUGGGGGAAAAUACUGAGAGAGAGUGGAAAACUGAGGAAAACUGGGCACGGAUUUGUGCGCACGAUAGCGCAAAAUGAUGACAAUAAAUGGAAAAGUUUUUAAUAAGCUAAUAAAAUGAUUUAUGUGGGUCGAUAUCUAGACAGUGAGAGCAUUCAUUUGCUCAACUGAUAGCAGGUGGCCUGUUGAAUUCUAUCAACUGUCCACGACAAUAUAAUAAACAUAACACCCUGCAGAGAGAGUUCAUCUUCAUUUCGAUUCAAAAACAUUUUAUGUCCAACUCCUUAACUAUAUAUAUAUAUAUAUAAUCGGUUACACAACGAAAUACUUUUGUAUAUAAACUCAUAUCAUUAAUUUAUUCUUGUUAAAGGUUGUACCUUGGGCAGAAAAAAAAUGGGUUCAAAUAGUUGCCAGGAUCUCCAUUUUAACUAACACAAAACAAAACAAAAAAAGAAACUUUCAAUUAUUAUACAUUACUGUUGCAUGGCAAUUGUUAUCAAGGCAUUAGCAUAUCACAAAAU